AUGCCUCCUCCUCCCCCACCACCUCCCCCUGGCGGGAUGGGAGGCCCCCCUCCGCCUCCUCCUCCAGGAAAUCUACCGGGUAGACCGUCAAAGGGAGAAGUCAAGGACCGAGGCGCCUUACUUUCAGAUAUUAGUAAAGGCGCGCGAUUGAGGAAGACCGUGACCAAUGAUAGAUCGGCCCCGGUUCUUGCAGGUGGUGGAGCGAAGUCCUCAGGUCCCCCGUUAGGAGCUGCACCGCCGGUUCCUGGCAUGUCAAAACCUCCAGGUGGGCUAGCACCUCCUGUUCCGCCCGCAGCGAACAGACUCCGCAGUAACAGUGACACGGGUCCUGGGGCGGACUCCGGCUCAGCGGUGCCAUCUGCACCUCAGCUUGGAGGUCUUUUUGCAGGGGGAAUGCCGAAGUUGCGCAGUCGGGGAGGCGUUAAUACUGGCGCCAACAAGGAAUCAUCCCCAUACCUAUCAGACUCGGAGACCUCGCGCGCACCUAGGCCACCCGUUGCCUCCGCUCCGAAGAUUCCGGGAAUUCGUCCUCCACCUCCACCUUCUACAGAAUCACCGCCGGCUCCGCCUGUGAAUCCGUUAGUUGCAAAUCUACGGAAACCCCCUCCUCGACCAGGAUCGAGGCCGUCGUCAACGAUCUCGAAUUUAUCAACUAAGUCAGCGCCUGAGGCCCCUCCGCCCCGUGCCCCUCCACCACUACCAGGUUCAUCCAAGCCUCCAGUAUCCCUACGCAAACCUUCAGCCCCUCCAUCGACUAGCCCAGCUGCACCUCCCCCUCCUCCGCCUGCGGCGGCCGCUCCUCGACUACCACCAGCUCCUCCCGGGCCGACUCGAUCUACCCCCGCACCUCUUCCUCCGAAUGGAGCUUCUCCCGCAUCUCUAGCUGUCCAAGCCGCCAGGAACGCCCUUGGACAUAGCCACCAGACCCCAUCAGCGCCACCACCACCACCUCCUCCUCCUCCACCGCCAGCUGCUGCUGCAGCUCCCUCGGCCCCACCGCCGCCUCCUCCAUCAGCGCCCCACUCCCUUCCUUUAUCUGCUCCUCCUAGCGAGCCACCAUCACGACCUUACUCUUACGACUCUAAUGCCAGCCAUGUACCAGACCGUUCCGCUCUAGAUCCGAGCGCUUAUACUCUCUCCAAUGGCGGGCCGUCACCGGGAUCAAGCUCUCAUGGGCUAGGCUCACACGGCUCAGCGCGGAUAGAAGAUAAUCGGUUCAAAUUCCAAAGCGAAGGACUCUUACCUAAGCCGCGGCCGUUUGUGGGAGGUGUAAAGCGCUACCGAGCCGGAAGAGGAAGUAGUGUGCCAUUGGAUCUGAGUGUACUAGGAGGUUAG